UCUCUGUCCUGUCCUUUCUCCUCCAUCUCCAACCUCCCCCUCCCCUCUCCCCAAAUUUGGAUCAAACGAACUCGCUAAACUUAAUCUCAUCCUUAAACGCGCGGCGAACGGAAUCGGAUUUUGGGAGGGACGGGAGGCGUUUGGAUCCCAUUUUGGGCGGGGGCUAAUCGCGGUAAGCAGCGAGUGAUUUGGGUCGGGGUUAGGGUUUCGGAUCUGGUCAUAAUCCGGCGAUGAACGGCGAGAUGAUGAUGCGGCCUCCCAUGCCUGCGCCGUACCAGGUGUGGGCGGCGGCGCUGGCGCAGCAGCAGCAGCAGCAGCAGCUCCCGCCGGUGGCCGUGGCGGAGGCGCCGCCGGCGGGGUUCAAGCCGGCGAGGCCCGCGUGGAAGCGGGCGGCGCGGCAGCAGCCCGGGUGGAAGCAGCGCAAGGCCGCGGCCCAGGCGCAGGGGAGGUGGGGCGGGUCGGCGGCGCCGCGCAACACGACGUCGUACCUGAUCCGGGCCAAGCGGGCCGGGGGCGUGGCGUCGCUGGUGUCGCCGUGCCCCGUGACGCCCGCCGUGCUGCCGACGCCGCGGCUGUCGCCGGCGCGGGAGGUGCUGGUGGAGAUGGCCAAGGAGGCGUGGGGCGUCGACGGGUACGGCUCCAUGAAGGGCCUCAUCCGCCUCCGCCCCCAGGCCGCCGGCCCCGACGCCGGCGACGGCGACGGCGCCGACUCGGGCUCCGGCGAGAGCGACGUGGAGGAGCACGUGGAGGUGGAGCGCCGCCUCGACCACGACCUCAGCCGCUUCGAGAUGGUGCAGCUCCCCGCUGCGCCCGCCGGCGAGGACGACGAGGACGAGGACGCCCGCGCGGCCCGGCUGGAGGAGGAGAACCUGACCCUCCGCGCGCGGCUCUUCCUGGUGGAGCGCGACAUGGCCGACCUCCGCCGCCGCCUCGUCGCCGUCGAGUCCCUCUGCCGCGACCGCCACCGCGACGGCUGCGUCGUCGACGCCGCCCUGCCGCCCCCCUCCAACAGCGACGAGGCGGACGCCACCGAGGACGCCAUGGUACUCUGACGUGGCCGCCGCCGCCCCUGGCCGGCCGCCCGCACCGUGCCCUGUACAUAGUUCACCGUCCCUUCCUCCUCCUCCCCUCUGUGCAGGUGUCAACAGACAGACAGAUGUGAAUGAAGAGUAGCCAGCAGCAUCAGCAUCAGCAUCAGAAGCAGCAGUUCAAUUAGCAUCCCAGAACCAGUCAUCACUCUUCCUCCCUUCCCUCCUUGAAUCCCCAUAGCAGUUCGAUCUGUAGUUGUGUCAUCAGGUAGCCAGGUCCAUUCCAUGUCCAUGUCCUCGUAGCAGCAUUAGGAGUCAACCAAACCAAUCCAAGCAAGCAAUGUGUUCAUGUAGAUGUAUUAGCGGUUAAUCGGCGUCAAUGGCGGGCACCGGCGAAGAAGACGCGGGGCGUUCCUCUAGAUCCAGUGCCUACCAAAGUCGGCAUACAACUCCAGUCAUUAGUCAGUACUAGCAGUAGCAUUUGUUGUGAUUCUGAACAUAUUGUUGCUCCAUUAUUGCAUUCUGCAUUCUGUACCA